CAGCAUGGAGAGGGGCCGCGGCCGCCGGAGCGCGGCCGGACCCAGUGCCUGAACCGCCUUCAGCCUCAGGAAUCAAGUGGGAAGAUCAGAGUAGGACUAGGCUGGAUACCUGUAGGGCCUCAUCAGGAGGUUACCUGAGCUAAAGCUUGUUUGUCAGAACCGCAAAUUUAUUUUUUUAAAAAAGUGGUGACCCAAGCAGUUGAACUGAAGGUAUUCUGGGAAAAUCUGCUGUUUAUUGUGAAAAUCAUCUUUGAUCUUGGAAUUAAAAGUAAAGCUGGAAAGGAAUUUACAAACAAGAAAAAGAAGAAGUUUGGAAUUGGACUCACAGGAUCUGGGCUUGGAAAUGCCUCAGCCCAGCGUAAGCGGAAUGGACCCGCCUUUUGGGGAUGCCUUUCGAAGCCACACCUUUUCAGAACAGACUCUGAUGAGCACAGAUCUCUUAGCCAACAGUUCUGAUCCAGAUUUCAUGUAUGAGCUGGAUAGAGAGAUGAAUUAUCAACAGAAUCCUAGAGACAACUUCCUUUCUUUGGAAGACUGCAAAGACAUUGAAAAUCUGGAAACUUUCACAGAUGUCCUGGACAAUGAGGAUGCUUUAACUUCAAACUGGGAACAGUGGGAUACAUACUGUGAAGACUUAACUAAGUACACCAAACUAACCAGCUGUGACAUCUGGGGGACGAAAGAAGUGGAUUACCUGGGUCUUGAUGACUUUUCUAGCCCUUACCAAGAUGAAGAGGUCAUCAGUAAAACUCCAACCUUGGCCCAGCUCAAUAGUGAGGACUCUCAGUCUGUUUCUGAUUCCCUUUAUUAUCCUGACUCACUCUUCAGUGUCAAACAAAAUCCCUUGCCCCCCUCUUCUUUUCCUAGUAAAAAGAUCACAAGUAGAGCAGCUGCCCCUGUGUGUUCUUCAAAGACACUUCAGGCUGAGGUCCCAUUGUCAGACUGUGUCCAAAAAGCAAGCAAACCUACUUCAAGCACACAGAUCAUGGUGAAGACCAACAUGUAUCAUAAUGAAAAGGUGAAUUUUCAUGUUGAAUGUAAAGACUAUGUAAAAAAAGCAAAAGUCAAGAUCAACCCUGUGCAACAGGGCUGGCCCUUGCUGAGCCAGGUCCACAUAGAUGCUGCAAAGGAGAACACUUGUUACUGUGGAGCUGUGGCAAAGAGACAGGAGAGAAGGGGGUUGGAGCCUCAUCAGGGUCAUGGCACUCCUGCUUUGCCUUUCAGAGAAACCCAGGAACUAUUACUUAGUCCUCUGCCCCAGGGUGGUCCUGGGUUGGUUGCCAUAGCAGAGAGUGGCAGCCUUUCUGCCAGCACUUCUGUUUCAGAUUCAUCCCAGAAAAAAGAAGAGCACAAUUAUUCUCUUUUUAUCUCUGACAACAUGAGAGAACACCCAACCAAAUACAGUCCUGAAUAUGAUGAGGAUGAUGAAGAUGAUAUUGAUGAUGAAGACCAUGAUGAAGGGUUUGGCAGUGAGCAUGAGCUUUCUGAAAAUGAAGAGGAGGAAGAAGAGGAAGAGGAUUAUGAGGAUGACAGAGAUGAUGAUAUCAGCGACACUUUCUCUGAACCAGGAUAUGAAAAUGACUCUGUAGAGGACUUGAAGGAGAUGACUUCCAUAUCUUCUCGGAAGAGAGGGAAAAGAAGGUACUUCUGGGAGUAUAGUGAGCAGCUUACACCAUCGCAGCAAGAGAGGAUUCUGAGGCCAUCUGAGUGGAAUCGAGACACCUUGCCAAGUAAUGUGUACCAGAAAAAUGGCUUACAUCAUGGGAAAUAUGCUGUUAAGAAGUCACGGAGAACUGAUGUGGAAGACCUGACUCCAAACCCUAAAAAACUACUCCAGAUUGGUAAUGAAUUACGGAAGCUGAAUAAGGUGAUCAGUGACCUGACUCCAGUUAGUGAGCUUCCCUUAACAGCGAGGCCAAGGUCAAGGAAAGAAAAAAAUAAGCUGGCUUCCAGAGCUUGUAGGCUAAAGAAGAAAGCCCAGUAUGAAGCUAAUAAAGUGAAGUUGUGGGGCCUCAACACUGAAUAUGACAAUUUAUUGUUUGUAAUCAACUCCAUCAAGCAAGACAUUGUAAACCGAGUUCAGAAUCCAAGAGACGAGAGAGGACCCAGCAUGGGACAGAAGCUUGAAAUCCUCAUUAAAGACACACUCGGUCUCCCAGUCGCUGGGCAAACCUCAGAAUUUGUUAACCAGGUGUUAGGGAAGACUGCUGAAGGCAACCCCACUGGAGGCCUUGUAGGACUAAGGAUACCAGCAUCAAAAGUGUGAUCAGCCUCAUUGGACCACUGGUCAGAAAUGUCUGUUUUUGUCAUGUUAUCCAUUGUAAAUUUUCAUUCUGUUUUGCAUGUCAAUUAGCAUUAUGUAAACAUUUAUAAUUAGGUUACAUUGUUUUAAGAGCUUGUAGCAUAAGUGAAGCAUGAUCCAAGAUACUUGAUUAUUGCAUUUUCAGAGCAUAAACCAGUGACCCUGCUGUGGCAUUAGAAAGAAGCUCACAUUUUAAGUAAAUGUGAGGUACAGAUUGUAAACAUUCGUUGAAGCAGAACGUUUUGGAUGAGUGAAUAUAUUAGUAUAAUGCUAAGUGUUAAGGUGGGUUUAUGCUCUGAACCACACAAAAAUACCGAGGAAGCAUUUUUUUUCAAAGUCCAUUUAGAUUGUUUUUAGAAUGACUGCUUUUUGUUCUAAUUUUUUUACAGCCAUUAAUCUCACUUGUACAUGGCACACCCAGCACUCACGUGUGUACCAUGUUUAGAUGUUUAUUUUCAGAGCUCAAUAUGAUAUAAAUACAUAUAUAUAUAAAUAUAUAUAAUUGUCUGUGCAAGUAAGAAAAAAGCAUAUUCUUUGUGCCUUGUAUUUUGGGGAAACUCUAAAACUGAUAAUAUUUUGUAUGAUGAAAACCCUAAUGAAGAAAACCAAGAUAUAUAGAUGAGAAAAUUAUGGGGUUUAAAUGUCUUUUUGUUCCAACUCUUUUUCAGAUUUUUUGAAUGUAUAUAGGACUAUGUUGAAAUGUAGAUAUAUGCCACAGAGUCUGUGUAUUGUAUAAAAAACAAAACAAAAACAAACAAACAAAAAAAGAUGGCUCUAGAAAACUCCUAUUUCGGUACUUGACCGGAAGAAAAUACUUGCACAUUAUUGCGAUUGUUUUAUUUUUUCUACCAAAGACAAAUGCAACUGGUAUGGCAGACUGCCAGUCUAAGUAAAGUUUUGCACAGCUUACAUGAUACUGUAUGAAUGUAUGAAAAAAAAGAGAAAAAAUUAAAAGGUCAGGGUUAGGGAUCUUACUCAACUGUGAAUUUUAUUUCUGUUUGGGUCCAAUUAUCUACAGAAGGAGCAUCCAUACAUACAAAUAUUAUUUUGCUGUCCUCUAGUUUGCUUCCAUAGUAGAUAAGUUGGUGGCCACUUAGGUGUCUUUUAUUUCUGCAGUUACUGUAGGAAAUUUUAAUAUAUUUCAUACUAGUAAGCUAUUGAUAAAAUAGUUUUUGACUUUGAAAUUAAAGUUUAUUUAGCUUAUUGUAGUAUACUUCCACCAAACAACCAAAAUACAGAUUAUUUUUAUUGUAUUAUGUAUAUAUAUAUAUGUAAAGAAAGAAAAAAGCUAAAAAUAUCUAAUACUUUUUAGUUGCCACUUUUCCAAUUGAUGUAUUAUUGUGCAUGUAAUAUUUUCAAAGAUCAACACAAGCUUAAAACAAAUUUAUAAAUUUUUAUAUUUUUGUACAGGUAUUUUCUUCAAACUUACAUGUGACUUAUCUUCUGUAGUUUCUAGACUUGAGAAACAUGAACACGUUUAGUUUUUAGGUGCUCUUUGCUCACGUAAACGGCUUUAUUAGUCAGUUUUUAACUGUGCUCAAGCUUUACCUCUUGAUGAGAAAUUUCUAUGUCAAGGCAGCAUUAUAAACCUUCCCACGGGUCCUUCCAUCCUGUCUUUCUUGACUGUUUAAUCUCAAAUCUUGUGUUUGGAACUAUGAAAACUGGUGGCUUUAAAAGUAAAAACAAACAUAUCUAGAAGAAAAGCCUCAAAUGUCAGACAUAGUUGCUGUUUUUCCACUACCCUUUGAUAGAACUAAGAUAGUUGUCCUUGUUCUGCACAGGAGUUUCUUUCCUAUUUCUUCCUCCUCCCCUUUUGUAAGCUAUAGCACAUGAAGGUUCAAUUAGGGAACACAGUUACAAUCCAGAAAUGUGUCUUACUUGCCUCUUUGACAUCAUGAAUCCUAAGAAACCAAGACUUACCUUGACACGUAGGCUGAAACUGUGAUAAGUUUCCUGUGUGUUUGGUGGAAAUGUACCUGUUCGUUUAUCCAUGCUAACAGAUAAUAAGCUCACAUGGCAUGGUUAGUAGAAUUCAAGGUUUUACUUUUUAGGUGGGAAAAAGCAAAACAUAGGUUCACAAAUGAAAGUAUAUGAAGUCUUGAAAGUGUUCCAGAAUGUGGCCGUUUUGCAGUCAAGUGAAUAUUGCUUCAUGGUAGCGAUUCAGUUGGUGAAGUUUAUAAAAUUGCCCCUUUCUAGCUACCCUAUUAGAAAUUCUGGUUUUUUGAUACCCUUUUCUUGUCUGCAAACCAGAAUUUGAUUUUUUGGUCUUGCAUUUCAAAAAACUUUGAAUCUAUUUAGUAGAUUCCAUACCCGUGCAGUUCAGUGUUUUAUAUGUACUCCUUAAGUUAAGUAGUUGAAAGCCUUUAAAUAAAUAGUUGAGCUUUUUAAUGUUGACACUUUAUUUUGUACCUAUUUAUAUAUGUAUGUAUAUCUUAGAAAAGCACUUUGUUAUAAAAUUGCAUUUUAUAUGAUUCCUGCCAUUUGCUGCUAAACCUGGGCUGGUCAGAACGCUGCAGCGAUACUUGAUCUAAAUAAAAACCUGGCAGUAAAAUGUAGAGUGCAAGUUAAAUCCUCUUGCUGUUUAAGAUGACAUAGGCAAGCUGUGCAGCUUUACAUUUUAACCAGGGGACUCUGUGGCAUUUAAAACCGUCUAGAAAUGGUUGUACUUUUAAUGCCAGUAAUGAACUGCUUCCUCUAUUGUCUUUAAAAUACCUACACCUAGUGUAUCACAGAUGGUUCUCACGAGUAUGUAAAAACCCAGCAGUUGUACAUGUUGUGUUUGUUUUUAAUCGUGGCAUGUAUUUUUGGGUGGAAAUCAUUAGUGUGAGAGCUGUCUAAAGGUUUUCUGUGUUCAUACAUGGUAUACAGAUAGCUCAUGAAGUCCAGAACCUUCCUUCAAGUGAAGGAAUUGUGAAUUCUCCUCAGAUAAACCCACUGUUCCAAAAGCAACCAUAAACUGACUAUAGUACUACUACAGUAAAAAGAAAAAAAAAUAAUAACAAUGACCCUUCUGCUUCCUGGUUUCAGAUACACUGGAUUCUUUAGUCUGUGCCCACAUGAGAGCAUGCUGCCGGCUGCUCCUGUUAAGGUCGUGUGUGAGUUUUUCAGUCAGUGUGGUUGCUUGCUGUGCUGUACCAUGUAUGGGUUCUUGUCAUUUCCACGUCCUUCAUGAGAGAUUCAGGUGUGGCUUGAUCUUGUGCCUUACUUGUACACUUAAAUGAGAUAUCUUCAUUCCUUCCCAAUUCCCAAACCUUAACUUUGUCCUUUUUGUAAGAGAACCAGAACUAUUCCAGAAGCAUCAUGAAGGAUUUCAGAUGGGCGUGGUUUCAUAGUUCCCUCUCUUUGUAGUUGUUUUAUACUUGUAUGAGAGAACAGUUUUGAAUGACCUUCGAGUAAUCUUGCUACAUCCCUUCUCUCUGGCUUUUGUGAGGUUGUCUUGCGUCUCUCUGAUGCUUGGCUUCGUUCACAUCUAAGCAAGAGUCUGCAUUUACAGACAGGUGUGUUCACUUCAUCUGCUUGAAAGUGAUUAUUUUGUUUUCCAGAACUUUUUAGGAGAAGAGUACCCAUUUUGGUUGUUUUUUUACAACAGAUGACAUGUCUCUUUAAAAGAAACUGAAGUACAGUACUUUUGAAAUACAAUGCUAUUGGUAUGAAUUUCUCUUUUAUAUAUAAUAUUCAUACAAUUACCUGAUGUUUGCCUUCAUUAAUAAAGCUGUUAGUUUAUUCACCAAAAUGUCAAGAAUGGAUGUGCUUUUCUUUAUUCCAUACAUUUAAACAUUAUUUUAGCUGCUAAGAUUUAGUUAACUUCCUAAGAAAUGAAUUCAAGUUGCCUUCAGCAAGAAUUAACAAAACUCAUGUCCCCUUUCUUUAUAUAGUCUUCCUAAAAUUCUGUUCAACUACUUUCUAGUUAAUUAUGUGACAGAAUGUUAGCAUCUCUCUAAAUCUUGAAACUUGAAUUUUGAGAAUGCUUUGAAUUUCAGUGUUAAUAGAAAAGGUCUCAACUAUGUUUCUAGUGGAGUCUUUUGUGGAAUACCAUUUCCCAUGGAACUGCGACCACUUGCACAACUUUGCACAGAACUGCAGUCUUGUUCUUCCCUGGAUUGUGACAAAUGAGUCUCACACAGUGCCGUGAUACUUGUGGAUUCUACCGUGAUCUUUGUCAUCUUAAAUAAGGGCAUUCUGAGAAAAUGACUCCAUGUCUUUUUUUUUUUUUAAUAUUUCAAAUACAGUGGGACGAACAAUGAUGUCAGAAGUAGGGAUGGUGGUUUCAUUUUAAGGAAUAAGCAUAAUGGAGGAAUGUGAUGAACAUGUACUACUGAGAGUUACACACUUCCACAGGCAAGUGGGGUUAUGUGUUGAAGCAUAGUCCCCAUGCUUUGUAAACUGACUGAAAUAGAAAUCACACCUAGGAACUGCACUAUGCCAAAUUGCCAUUUUGUUUUGAAGAGACUUUUGGAGGUGGUAAUAAGGUGAUGGAACCUCACAGCUACUUCCAAAUAGUAUUUUGGAGUUGAAGACUUCAUGGCUAGUAAAGAGCACCCAAGUUUAUGUCUCAGCGUGCCAAGUGUCAACUGGGCUUGCCUCUUUAGUAACAGUGUAAACACCUAGUGUAGUUACUCAGUUCCGGGUGCCAGGAGUGGGACUGAUUCUGUGUCUUGCCCUUUGUCCUUUGGGGUUUUUUGUUUGUUUGUUCAUUUGUUUUCAGAACUAAAUAACAAAACUGUAUGUGUACUGUAUCUGCCUUUCCACAUGUUUUAUGACACUGUACUCCCACUGCCUGCUGUUGUCUUCUUGCCCUAGAGUCUGUCCUAUGGCGAGCAUUUGUGGUUAACAAUGACUCUGGAGCUGCCAACACGGAAGGGCAAGAAUACAAAGUGUUUGCUCCUAUGGUUUGGCAGCCUCUUCGAAUAGUUGCGCUUAGGAUCCUGUCUGUGAUAUGAUUAUAAGUACUCCGUAGUUUUGUUUAUUCCCUGCCCCCAGCUGGAGCUGUGACACUUUAUUGGACUCAGUCUUGUCUCUUGUCUAGAAAGAAUUGUUAUCUUGUUCAUGCAUGAGCUGUUUAAGAAUGACUCAACGUUGGUUAAUAGCCGUGCAGUUUUCCUUUUAGGAGAAGGCCAUGCACAGGUUACUUUGUUUUCUGUCACCCUCUAACCUGUCAGCACUUGUAGUCAGACACAGAAUCAUCAGUGUAUGCAGCACCCUUUGUAAUUUAAAAUAAAAAAUAUGAAAAGAAAA